UUCUCUUUUGAAAACAGGAGUAUGAAUUAGUUUGACAGUGGUUAACCUUGCGUGGAUCGUCAUAAAAUUUAGGAUUCUCUCAUUAUGUAACAUGAUAUAUAUUAAGUGAAACUGCCAUUGUGAAGUCUUUCUAUAAAAAGGAGCCAACCUACAAUGGAGUCGAACAAGUCGUCUCGGUUUUCAUCUGACCCAAGGUCUGUACCCCCAAAAAGAAUAAGUCACUAUAGCAACCAGCCAGUUCCACGGCGUUUGUCUCAAAACAGGGACAGUCGAAAUGAAUUGGAUAGUGGAAAAUCAAAGAAAAAGAAUGCAGAAGAUGAUGACAGUGAUUUAGAAUAUUAUAACUUUGAGAAACUGAAAAAAUUUCACAUACCAAGAAAAGGGGGCCAAGAAGAAAAAGAACUUCUUUGCGAACUAUCUCUCUCAUCAAGAGAAUAUAUUCACACGAUAUAUCCAUCUGUUCGGUCAUCAUUUUUCGAUACUCAAGCACACAGGAAACUAAUAAUCAGUUCCCUCGAAUUGGUACAGAAUCCAAGGCUAGAGAAAGAGUAUUUAGCCAAAAAGAAAGAAUUAAAAGAUGAAGGAAGAUCUGAGAAAGAUUUGGGAGAUUCAUUUGGUUUUAUUCAUCGAUUCAAACGCAGUGAGGUUGAGAAAAUCUGCAAGGAAGGAUUGCUCGUUGGCCAUUGUAACCUGACAAGUCUGGGUAAACCUACAAUGGGUGUUUAUGUAUGUAAACAUGCUGAUGUUGUCAGAUUUUCAAAAUGGGAGGAAAGGCAGACGGGAUAUAUCGUUAUGUUUAAAAUUAUUAAGGGUAAAAUGAAAUGUGUGACAGAAUGCAGAUCACCACAGACUGAUCAAGAGCCGACACCUUUAUAUGAUUGUCAUAUCACAAGACUUCCAAUUGAUGUUGCACAAAGUGUUCCUACUCGAGCAUAUUCAGCUUUUCAGUACUAUUUUUAUGAAUAUGGAGAUGUCGAUGUUGUUAAACGGCCACGACAAGUUCUACCAUAUGCAGUAUUGAAAUAUAAUUACAACGAUUCUCCAUCUUCAAAUAUACCCAGCAUCAGAACUGGACGAAGAGAAAGCUCUACAGAGGAUGUAAUUUUGGAUGUGGGUGCUUCUAAUUCAUCUAUUACUACAAUCUCUUCAUCUGAUAGUUGUUUCCGUCAUUGGAGAGGGAAACUUCUUGUAAAGAAUGGAACCUUUUGUGCUGUGGAAAUGAAAUCUCACCUAGACACUGUGUUCAAUGUUGCAAACAUUGGUCGUAGCAUAAAUAUCAAAGCAUGCAUAUCACUUGAUAAACUCAAAUGCCAGCUUCCUCCGACACUAAUGAGCAAAAGUGCAAAAAAGUAUAAUGUUAUUUAUCGGGGCCGAUACUACAAUACUUUUACUCUGCAUCCAACGGAAGAAGGAUCAGGACUUGGAAAAUUUCGCCAACUGAUUGGUCAUCUCGUGCAACGGUCAUCUGCUGCCUAUGUCCCUUUGCGAAACAGCAGUUCUUUGUACUUGUUGCCAUUAUCUGCCCUAACAGAAGAGAUGGGAUUAAGAAGCUCAUCGCCAGAUGCUUCAACAUCGUCUGACAAGCAAAAACAAAGUCAACGAGCAUGGAAAAAUUUUCUUCAUGUUAUAGUUAUCACGCCUAAAGCACUGUCUACAAAAAUGAGAGAUCAAAGGGUGAACAAUGUCAUUCAAAGUCGGAAGAGGAAGGAAGCUUCGUCAAACCUUGCCACAUCCUCGAUUCGAGAUGCGUUAGAGCAGGAACUUGUGUCAAUGAAUAUUGAUCCUUCUUCAGCCCUGUCAUCCAUGGAUCCGGAACAACACGAAAAAAUAUAUAACCAGUUGAAGCAUAAAAAGAAAAUGCAGACAUCUGAGAAGAUGCUACAUGGAUUUUAUAAAGAUAUGGAUGUAAUUGUGCAAUCAGCAAAAAGCCAAUGGAGGAAGAAUUUAUCUACAAAAUGGAUGGAUGUCAAAAAAUCUCAACAAGAAAUUUAUUCAGGAAAGAAGAAAUUGAAGAUUAUUCCUCCCUUUCCAAAUAUGAAACGAACUCGAAGCAAAGAACCCUCGCCCACGCGAACAUAUGCAGACAAUACUGUGGAAGAUCACACUGAAGCUACAUUUAGUGAUGAUGAUGACAUAGAGCCUUCUUCACCCCUUACAGUAAAGCCUCCUACUACAGCAUUCACAUCAUAUAAAAUACCAAAAAAACCAAGACUGGAAGAUCCAAGAGUAGUUUCAUCAAUUACAAACAUACCAUUCGACACUGAUGAAAUCUCACCGAUACCAGAUUUGCGGGAUAUUCCUACACGACCGUUUCAUUACACUCCAUCACCAACAUCUGCUUCCAAACAGAAGCCUCCAACUCAGGAAGGUAAAUCAUCAUCGUCUUCAAUAUUGCGUCCUGCAUUCAAACCUCUUGAAGAACUCAUUUUUACUGACAAUUUAGAAGAACUGAUGAAGCAUCCUGAAUUCAGUUUUUCAGAUGGCCACUGGGAAAAUCACAAAGCGACAAGUGAUAUGUCUAUAUAUGAUGCAAACAGUCCUUAUGUAUCUUGGGAAAGUAAUCAACAACGUAUUUCAAUCACAUUUACUCAUGAUAUACCUUAUCCAAUUGAGGUUGCAGAUUGCCCAUUUGCGUUUGAAAUGGACCCAUUAAUAUUAUCAAUGCUUCGUGCAAUACAUGGUACCUAUAAUAGGGCAACAGAUAUUUCUCAAGAUGAACAUGAAAAGGUGAAGUGGGUACGAAGAGUUCUUCAUACCAGAGGAUCUCUAUCAACAAAUUUAUCCAAGACUGCCAGCAUCACAAUGGAACAAGCCGAUACCGCUCGGAGGAUUGAACAUAUUGAGGAGAAAGCUUCACCAUCCUUCAUGGAAGCAUCUCCUCAUCAAAGUUCCACUGACAGUGGGUUUGUUUCGUCAUCAGCUACAGCAACCCCAGCAAGUAUUCCGGUUCCAGACAGUCCAUCAUUGAAGGACAUUGCUGCAAUAUUAGCAAAUGCCUUCACACAGUCAAAAACUGCCAAUGUGACUCACCAGGUGCCAGAAACUACUAGGGUCUCAGAGAAGGAAGAUCAAAAUAUGGAAGUUGCAGCAAAAGCAUUGCUGGAGGUAUUUGCUGCGAAAUCAACUGAAAAACAAGAAAAAGUGUCAAAUGUGGGAUUGCCUCAAGAAACAGAUGAUUUGGAAGGUGUUGACAUGGAAAUUGGAUCUACUCCUGAACAUUCUCCUUUACGUGAGAGAGAAAGGUCUAGAUCUCGAGAACCAUCUGUGACAAAAAUCAAACAGCCUGGGGAACAGAACUUGAAAUCUUCUCUUUUACGAUCAGGAUCGAGAACAACCUCCAAUGAAACUACAUCAUCACAAUCUCAAGAUCAUGUGGCAAAUGGGAGCGGCCGAUCACUCCUCCUCCAUUCCCUCCCAACAUCUCAAACAUCGAAGACGACUAUGAAGAUGGCGAAAUCAACGACUCUCCGCGAGGAAACAUGCCUCAACAUUCUUCGAAAAACUAUACCAGGUCUCCCAAGAGAGUCUCUCCAGGACCUGUUGACUCAUAUAAUCCCAGUCGUAUCGAAGCUGAUGGCAAAAACUCGAGGCGUGAGAAAGUUGAACAUUGGAAGGGAUCGUGGACCACAGACGAUGCCCCCCCCAUCAUCGAAGAGCGGGUCAACUAUUCAUCAGCCAUGGGCUUCUCUGAGCAAAAUGGUAAACCCAGUGAAAAGCAACAGUGUCGCAGAGAUGCCGAAGAUGACUAUUCAUAUAAAGACAGGUCACGGUACCGUAAGCAGAGUCCCGACUGCUGGGAUAUUGAAUCAAGAGAAAGUGAUAAGAGACACCAGUGGAGUCCAAAAUAUACAGAGGCUCGUCGGUCGCGAAAAGGUCACACCCACACUAAUGAAGGGAACUGGAGACAUGACAUUGCAGAUGACAGUAGGUCAAAAGAAAUCAGGGAACGACUCCAGCAGAGUUGUGACUUCCCAGGAGAAGAUUGGGUUGGAAAAAAAUAUAAACAUGAUGAGAGGCAUUCCAGGACUGGACACCGUGAGUGGUCAUCUAAUGAACACAGGCACCGUCUCCACAGUGAAUCUAGGCCUGAAGAUGAAUAUACAAGAGAACCCGAUAUCCAACCCCUCCUUGCAAAAUCAAUCGAAAGAUCGCGCGAUGAAAGGUAUGAACAACGAUACCCCAAAAACGAAAUCCGCCAUCCUAGGCAUUCCAGACACCCAGGGUUACUCGGAGAGCAGCCACCUGGGUUACUCGGUAUCAGGCCAGACGAUGAUGAAGUCUGGUAUUCCAAUCAAAGAAACUACGCAGAGCAUGCAGAAUCCUCGAUUCAUUCGAACCAGAUCAGCAGAGACAUCCGAAUGCAGCAUAGGAACAAUCAUCACGCAGAGAGAAUCCCAGUACCUAUCAAAAGAGGCCGCCCCCUUCUCAGAGCACCUCAAGGCCACGCCUAUAGACACAAUAAUAACUUCGCGAGAGCCCCAGCGCCGCAGAUCCAGAGGAUCCGACCUAGGCACCCUAACCCAGCUCAGUCCCGUUCGUGGAAAGGGCCCCUAUUUCAAAGAAAGCCAGAGUGGGAAAAUCAUUCCCAUCCCUCUCCGAGACCCCUUCUUGGACUCCGGCCACAUGGUCACCCCAUACUCCGGCCGAAGAUACGGCCAGGUUGGAGAUAACACUGGUGCUGGUGCUUCUGCCCAAACUGGCACAAACACCAUAAGCGAGCAAAAUUCUGAGUUACUUAGUUCUAUUCUUUAUUUUUUUAAUCAAAAUCAAGACCCUCGUCUUGUGACUGCAAGCCUUAGAAACAUGCAAGAUUAUGAUUUUUGCGCUAAAAGUUCGAUAAGCCCACCCACAUCUGUCUCUGCUAAAUCUGUUACUCAAGUUCCCAUGAGUGCUUCGUCAUCCCAAUAUUCAGGUCAAAUAGCCUCAAUUCUUCAACAACUUGUUAAUCCGGCUGCCAUAACUUCUCUUGUUGCUGUAUCUGAAAAUAGUAAAGGGAAUCUGAAUUCAGAAGGCAAUUCAGCAUUGAAAGAACAACUUGCCAUCACUACAUCAACCACUAUUGAGAAGUUCUCCUCUGAUUCUAGAGAAAAAGUCACAAGUAGCGGAGUUACAAAUGAAAAUGUAGUUUACAAAGCUGCAGCGCCAUCGCCUCUCAGCAGUCCCUCGGCAACUCUAUCGCUUCAAGAUAUUCAGAGAAUAAGGGAGAAAAAAGAGAGGUUGAAAGCACAAAAACGUGUAGAACAGGAACUAAGUCGACGUGAAGCAGCAAACAUGAGAGAUGAACUGAACAAAUCCAUUGCACAUAAAUUAAAAAAGCCUCACAGUAAGACAGCGAACUCCAAUUCAUAUAAAUCAAAGAAGCCCCACAGUACCAAAUUGAAACCUAGCAAACGUAAGAGAUCAGCAAGCCCUGAAAGUACAACUAGUUCGAACAGUAGUGAAGCAGCAUCAACUGGAAAGACCAGAGUAUCAGAAAUAAUGGUAAAAGAACAUACAAAACCAUUGAAACCUUCUUUUAGUUUGGAUCAACCAGCCAGUACUCAAGUCCUCUCUGAUGUUGCAAUAGCGCUAUCUGACAACAAAGCAGUAAUUUCUUCAGCCUCGUCCAUGCGACCCACUGGGGUAGUGACACCUACACCACGCCCUGUACAUCCAGUUUUCAUGCAAUCGAAAAAUUCAUUUCCGCUUACAGAAGUUACAUCUUCUCCUCGUAACACGACAACAUCAUUCGCAGAGUCUGAAGUAGCGGCUCCAAAUCCUAUUCAAGUCUUGUCAGAAAUUGACAACACUCUAUCACAAUUGAAGCAAGGAAUGCAGAGCAAUGGAAAUGAAAAUGAGAUGAAAGAUAGAAUGGCCAAACUUCUACAGCUUGUGCUAAUGCUAGGUGGUGCUGCAGAAACAGAUGCUGAGCCAUCAAUUUCUGGAACUAUUGAGCAGCCGACCUCCAGCCAAGCUAACGAAGUUUCAAGUCGAUCAUCUAAUUCUAACGAUACAUCUAUAUCACCUGAUCAACAACACCUGGGUAAUGUGAUUGAGGCUCAGCCAUUGUUUGAACCUGGUUCAUCCUUUCUUCAUGAAGUUAAUCAAGGACCUUCCACAUCCCAACAUCCAACAGUAUCUGAAGCUGUUGAUUAUCACUCUGCUGGAUUUCGAUGGACGUUGCAUCAUUUUGAAGAUAGUCAAUUGAAUUAUUCCAAUUCUGUUCGUGUUUUGGACGAGCCAGCUGUCGCAGAUCAUCAAAUUGUAGCUGGGAUCACUCGAGAACAUGAUAAUGUAAUACGUGACUAUAUCAAACAAUCUGAGAGUCUAUCUCUGCCACGACAAGAACAAGAAAGCAUUGAUGAGAUUCUGGCAAAACUGAGACCAUUUAUCCAGAAAUUGAAUAAGACCAAUAUGCUUUCCAAAGAACCCACGGCAGAAAUGUCAUGUGAUAAUAGUGAGAAUUUAAUAAAGCUUGGUGACAAUAAUGAACCAAUAACUAUGACAGACCACAGUGCAAGAAUGCCGAUUCUACCUGCUGAGUAUGUGGCUAACGCAUCACCCACAAAUAAUCAUCUGCGACAGGCACCAGUUAUCGCUGAAUCGGUGGUACCUAUGCAAAUGACACAAGUUCAUCAUCAAAACUUGGUGCAGCCUGAACCCACACUGCCAACAGUUGCUUGUCCAAUUGCGAAUCCAUUGGACCAACACACCUCAUCCCAGAACUCUGAAGUGAGACCUUCGAAACUUAACAUCGGUUCUACUUCAGAUGUGUCUCAACAUACAGCUGUUAUUCCUCCACACACUGAAAAUCUAUCUCUGCAUCAUGGACCCCAGAUUACUUCAACAAUGGCACAACAAAUGUCUUCUCAAUCUGAUGCUGUACAUCAACAGAAACCAGACCAUCUCUCUCUGGCACAUCACUCUAUGUCAUUACAAGUUCAGUCUGGACAUGAUAAUCCACCCCUCUCAAAUCAACAUCGCUUUUCUAUGACAUCGCCAAGCAGUCGGUCUGACAGUGGCACACCAACUAUGGACGAGCGAUACCCUGAUCCUGUUAGACAGCAGCGUCGUCGCAAAAGACGUGGUGACCCAUCACCAUCUAAUUCAUUUUUGGUCUUUGAUCCAGAGAAUUCUGCUGAAUGUGAAGCAAUUCGAGCAUAUUUGGCUUCAGUGAAGGGAAUUCAGUUUGAUGUCAAGAAAAUGAGUGAGAAAUGGCAUUCUAAUAUCAACAAACAAGUACUCGAGGGUAAAGCUGAAUCUGUUGCCAUACAGGAGGAAAUUCGAAAAGUUUUGCCGCCAGGAACUAUCUGGGUUGUAUUUAGAACUGCUGACUUGAAACAUCUUCAUUUACUGAAACAUCUAUCGCUGCUUAAAAGUGCUGGAUCACAUGUUCAGUUUGUCUCUGCUGACAGUGUCAGAGAUGUGAGAGCAAGACAAUAUAAGAAUAUUCUUACUGGUGAUGGAGGUAUACUGGUUCCACUUUGCCCAAAGACCCUACUCAGAAAACCGGUCACCUUCCGUCAUCUCAUGCUUUGGUUGAUUGGACAAACUAGCGGCAUCUCAAAGAAUAAAAGCAAAUGGAGGAUGGUUUUACAUCAACACUUGUUGGAUGCACUGCAGGAUGCUGAGGAAUCUGGAGACAUGAUAGAACGUCAGAAUGCAGAUCAAGUUGUAGAUUUGUUAUGUCAUGCUAGUCAAGAUACUACAAAACUGGCUGUGGAACUUGUAGAACACCAUUGUGAUAAAAUUCCUUGUGUUGAUGAGAAGACUCCUUCAGUUUGGAAUUGGUAUGACACAGCCAGUAAUGAAGAACUAUCUACACUGGCACUACCUUGUGCUACAAAACUACAAUUGGACAGAAUAAGGCAGUCCAGACAUGUUGUAUUGUUGAUUGAUGAUGAUCCUUUAGCUCAAUGCUGGAAACCGCUAUGGCAACUUGGAAUUUGUGUUUCUACUAUGGAGAAGUUUGUUGAUCUUGUCUGCUCAAAACCAUCUGGUGCUGUGACUGAUCAAUCAUUGAGUUGUGUGUUACCAUUAUAUGGCCUUGCACAUGAAUUUUUAUAAGGAAAUCUUGGGAAUUUUCGCCGCAAAUUUUUGUUCUGUAUCGCACAUUCGUUCCAGGAUUUGGUGCUUAUUUUCUGUGUGAUUAGUUGUUGGGCUCCCAAUGGAUUAUGUUGGUAGAUGCGUAUAUGUUUGACUGACAUGGAAUUACAGAUCGAGUUUGAAUCAAACCUAUCGGUCUAUUAUUCUUUGAUUGCUUUUUUAAAGUUUUUGAUUGGGGUGAUCAAUUGCUAACUGACUGAUUUCAGUUUUCCUCAACUUUUAUUCCUAGACUUCUGUUGUGAAAAUCAGUUCUUUAUAGAUCUAAAUCUUUCAUAGAUGUAACUUCCUCUGUACCUAACUAUAACAGCCCAUGGCAACAACAUCUGUGAUGAUGGAGGACCAUUUGUUUCUAUUCGGUUGAUGUGUAAUGUAUUAUGACAACCAUGUCGAAAUAUUUGGUAGUCUGAUUACCAGAUUUCACAGUCUUGUGCCAUAUUUUGUUCAUACUGUUGCAAGUUUUUUUUUUAUGGUAAACUCGUUCAAGGGGCGACAGGUUAUUGUUUGAAUUUUCAAUCACGUCAUGCCUGUUAACAAGCCUUUACUAAAAAGUGGGUCACAUUUUUCUCAUGGUAUGUGCUGUUUUAACACAACAUAGCAUGUUUCGUAAUCUUGGCUUGCUGAUGUGGUUUUCAUAUUCGUUGCCUAUUCCUUUUGUGUGAUUAACUUUUCAUUGAACUUUUAAACAUUUUUAAUCUUGUCUUGAAUCGUUAGUAGAUGGAUGGCAAUCAGCAGUUUUAAUUACAGUGUUACUAUUUUGAAAUCAUUUACAAAAUCAACUAUUGUAGGAAAAAUUCGAUGGGAGGAAUGGAAAGUUGUAGGAUAGGCUGGUCACUAUAUUUUCUUAACCAUCCAUGUUACCAUGUGAUGAAUUUUCGGUAACUGGAAGUAGGAGUACGAUGCAGUACUGAACCUUGUGAUGUCGAUGGUGGCAUUUUACUGUACUGUACUUCUAUCUGGUUUCAAUUAAUUUCUCUGCUAUAUUUUCGUGGACUGGUAUUAAAGCCCUUGCAGAUGAUGGUGGAUACUCCAUCAGGUCUAAUCCCAUCCCAUGACCUGCUUGCAAGAUUUUAUCUUGAGAACGUGGGCGUCGUCUGUGAUGUACACCUCCACUGGUUUUUUUUUGGACGUUUGCUAUUGAAAGCCAAGCCAGCCAGUAGAAAUGCACGCAUUGUCAAACCGCCAUGAAAACACAGGUUAUAUGCCAUCGAAAGAAACUAGUCAAAUCGCGAUUUGGACCGUGGAUGUACAUGAAUUGUCCAUCUCUUGGUUAUAUAAAAAGUCUUUGAAGCUUUUUAGAACUAGAACGAAUUAAUAUGAAUUGGGAGUUGCGGAUUAACCAAUCACGUAUGGUUAGAAUCAUUCUAAAGCAUUGGUUUUCAAACUGGGCCCGCGAAACAAUUCUAAGGGUACCGAGAAACAACUUUAACCUCUGCACAGAAGCACUUUGAUUUGAAGUAAAAUUUUGAUGUCAUGCUUUUACCGUGUUUCUCCAGCGCACGGCGCGCUCUACGGAGACAUUUUUACGUAACAAACGUUGGUGAACGUGACAAGUACCGUGAAUCAGAGCGUAUUGUUUACGCAGGGCGUGUGCAUCUGAUUGUAAAUUUUCUCCGGGUAAUUUAAAAAUGCCCCUCGCCAUAUAAAUUUAUAUAUAUAUAACUAUU